AAAAUAAGAAGUUGUCAUCCAGACAGUUGGGGGCGGUAGAGUGCAACAAAAACCUUUCCGGACGAGAGAAAAAGCGUUCCUACAGUGACGUGUGCAGCGUGUUUGGGAGAAGGCUGGAGGAAGAUGGCGGGGUCCAAGGUGAAGCAGGACAUGCCUCCUCCGGGAGGCUAUGCUUCGUUUGAUUAUAAGAGAAAUCUGCCGAAAAGAGGACUCUCUGGAUACAGCAUGUUUGGCAUUGGCAUUGGCAUCAUGGUGUUUGGCUACUGGAGGCUUUUUAGCUGGAACAGAGAGAGGAGGCGCUUGCAGAUUGAGGAGAUGGAAGCGAGGAUAGCUCUGAUGCCCCUGCUGCAGGCAGAGCAAGACCGAAGGUCUUUACGGAUGCUGAGGGAAAAUCUAGAAGAGGAGGCGAUUCUGAUGAAGGACGUUCCUGGUUGGAAGGUUGGUGAGAAGGUCUUCCACACAGACCGCUGGGUCCCCCCUCUGUCAGAGGAGCUGUUUAACCUCCGGCCCCGCGAACAGCUUCUGCACAAGCGUUUCGGUUUCUUGUGGUACGUGUAAGCACCACCAAAGACGUACAGCGUCCUGAGCUCCAGCACCAUGUGGACCUGAGCCCUCGCUCAACUCAGCUUGUAAAUGUUCAAUAUUAAAGUAUCUUUUUCUGUACCUCA